AAGAUUGAAGAAGAAGUCAAGAAAAGGGCGAAGGGUUAUAGCUUUCUUUCUUGGAAAACAAUUAAAAUUUUCAAUUCUCAAUUUUCAAAUUUCUCGAAAUCGGGUUUUUGAAAUCACCGAACGAUUCAUCCAUGGCGGAAGUAGUUAGCAAGGCGGCCGGCGUCGUGUUUUCGCCGUCGAGUACCGAUCAUAAAUCGGCGGCGCGUCGUUAUAGUCAACACCGAGUUUGUACUUUCCCAAAUGGAUCUCUUGUUUGCUCCCGCGCGUGUUCGGAUGCUCAGUCUCUGAAACUCUGGUGCGGGGCUCCGAAUUCACCGAGCACCGAUUUUUAUGGCCGCAGAGUAGCAACCGGAACCAUGCUUUUCCCAGGAAAUGGCCGAACACAGAUGAGCAUUGGAAUUGGGAAAGCUCAAAGAUGGUGGGAGAAGGGGCUUCAACCCAACAUGAAAGAGGUUGUGAGUGCUCAAGACCUCGUAGAAUCUCUCUCAAAUGCCGCUGAUAAUUUGGUGGUGGUGGAUUUCUUUUCCCCUGGUUGUGGUGGCUGCAAAGCCCUCCAUCCUAAGAUAUGCCAGUUGGCGGAGAUGAACCCAGACAUACAGUUUCUGCAGGUCAACUAUGAGGAGCACAAGUCCAUGUGUUAUAGCCUUAAUGUACAUGUUCUUCCAUUUUUCCGUUUCUAUAGAGGAGCUGAAGGUCGUGUUUGUAGCUUCAGUUGCACUAAUGCGACGAUCAAGAAAUUCAAAGAUGCACUCGUCAAAUACGGGGCAGAUAGAUGCGGUCUGGGGCCUCCAAAGGGCUUGGAGGAGAAAGAGCUACUUGCACUAGCAGCAAACAGGGAUCUCUCCUUCAACUACACACCAAAACCAGAAGGACCCGUUUGUGUGCUCUUACAAGAUGAGACCAUGACAGUGGCUGCAGCAGCAGGGAAACCGCCAUCUCAUCAUCCACACUCAGAAUUCCGACUCCCUCUUCCCCGUCCAAUUCCAUCAGCCGCCUCACCGGAGACCAAGCAACUCUCUGGUACUGAUGACAGAACUUUCGUUCCCUCUGUCUGGUAGAUGAUCCGAUCAGAAGAUGCUUCAGCCAUCAGCGCUCCAACUGUUAAACCUGUGUACAUAUCCAUCCCAUUCGGCUUCAUAGGCGGCUUCAUAGGAGUGUGUGUAGUUUGAGGGAUUGACUUCUCUUGUUAAUAGGCUUCAUACUCCAGUGUGUGUGUAGUUUGAGGGAUUGACUUCUCUUGUUAAUAGCGUUCCCAUGUAGGAUGAUGUUUAGCAGGCUGUGAUAUCUCAUCAGAAGCUGUAUAAUGCAUUCCUAUCCUAUUCUACCGGCUCUCUCCCUUUUUUAAUCGGAGAUUAGCCCUGAAUAGACAGAUUUACUUUGCAUA